UCCGGUGCGCGGCCGGGUGCGGCGCGAGGGGCAAGUGCACUAGGCCCGCUGCGCACCCGGCUCCGCUCCCCGCUGCGCUGCUGGCCGCCCGCCUCGGCCUCCGCCUGGGGAUGAGGUGGGAGGCGCUAGAAGCCACUUAGCUACAGCCUGGCGCCCGAUGCGGCGCUCGCUCGCUGCCCCCGCCACCGAAGCGCCCGCCAGGCACAAUGCAGCACUGAGGCAGCGGCGGCUGCGGCAGCGGCGCGGGCUGGGAAAGGGCGGCCGGGAGCCCGAGCCCGGGGCCGGGACACGAGCAGCUGAGCGCCGCCACCAUGCAGGCAGUGGCGGCCGCGUUCUUCUGGCUGCUCUGCGUCUUGGGGACCUACCCCCUGGCGCGCUGCGGUCGGGCAGGAGACGCCUCACUGAGAGAACUGGAGAGGGGGGACGGAAACCGCUUCCUGGAGCGCCAGAGCACCGUACCACUGCGCCUCAUCUACCGCUUGGGCGGCGAGGACGAAACUCAGCACGGCCAGCUCAACACGCGGGUGCGGGGCGACCCUGGCGGACGGCAGCCUACUCACGUGGACAAGGCAAGCUUCCGGGUGGACGCCUUUGGAACCUCCUUCAUUCUCGAUGUCCUGCUGAACCACGAGUUGCUGUCCUCCGGUUAUGUAGAGAGACAUAUUGAACACGGAGGCAAGGUCGUGGAAAACAAAGGAGGAGAACACUGCUAUUACCAGGGCCAGAUUCGAGGAAACCCUGCCUCCUUUGUUGCCCUGUCAACAUGCCACGGACUCCAUGGGCUGUUCUAUGAUGGGAACCACACAUAUCUCAUUGAGCCAGAAGAAAAUGAGAUGUCCCAAGAGUCCCAGUUUCACUCCGUGUACAAAUCCAGGCUGCUUGAAUUUCCCUUGGAUGACCUUCCAUCUGAAUUUCAACGCAUAAAUAUCACUGCCCCCCAGUUUACACUGAAGCCGAGACUAAAGCGGAGGAAAAGACAGCUUCUUCGAUUUCCUCGGAAUGUAGAGGAGGAAACUAAAUACAUUGAACUGAUGAUCGUGAAUGAUCAUCUCAUGUUUAAAAAGCAUCGGCUUUCUGUUGUAUAUACAAAUACCUAUGCGAAGUCUGUGGUGAACAUGGCGGACGUGAUCUAUAAGGACCAACUUAAGACUAGGAUAGUGCUGGUUGCCAUGGAAACCUGGGCUGCUGACAACAAGUUCGCCAUAUCUGAAAACCCACUGGUCACCCUGCGUGAAUUCAUGAAAUACAGGAGGGAUUUUAUCAAGGAGAAGGCUGACGCAGUCCAUCUCUUCUCGGGCAGUCAAUUUGAGAGUAGCCGGAGCGGGGCGGCUUAUAUUGGUGGGAUUUGCUCGCUGCUGAGAGGAGGAGGCGUGAAUGAAUUUGGAAAAACGGAUUUAAUGGCAGUUACACUCGCUCAGUCGCUAGCCCACAAUAUCGGUAUAAUCUCAGACAAGAGGAAGUUAGCGAGUGGUGAGUGUAAAUGUGAGGACACCUGGUCCGGGUGCAUCAUGGGAGACACCGGGUACUAUCUCCCUAAAAAGUUCACUCAGUGCAAUAUUGAGGAAUAUCAUGACUUCCUGAAUAGCGGUGGAGGGGCCUGCCUGUUUAACAAGCCUUCCAAGCUUCUUGAUCCUCCCGAGUGUGGCAACGGCUUCAUUGAAACCGGAGAGGAGUGUGAUUGUGGCACCCCUGCGGAAUGUGCCCUUGAAGGGGCAGAGUGUUGUAAGAAAUGCACCUUGACCCAGGACUCUCAAUGCAGUGACGGCCUCUGUUGUAAAAAGUGCAAGUUUCAGCCUCUGGGGACCGUGUGCCGGGAGGCAGUGAAUGACUGUGACAUCCGUGAGAUAUGUUCAGGAAAUUCAAGCCAGUGUGCCCCCAAUGUGCAUAAAAUGGAUGGAUAUUCGUGUGAUGGUACUCAAGGAAUCUGCUUUGGAGGAAGAUGUAAAACCAGAGAUAGACAAUGCAAAUACAUCUGGGGGCAAAAGGUGACAGCAUCUGACAGGUACUGCUAUGAGAAACUGAACAUUGAGGGGACUGAGAAGGGCAAUUGCGGGAAAGACAAAGACACGUGGACACAGUGCAACAAACGGGAUGUGGUUUCCUUUAUGCACAAAAUUGGCAACAUCCCAAGGCUACUCGAGCUCGAUGGAUGAAAUCAAUCCACAUUGGUUGUGCAGCAAGGAAGGACAUUAAAUUGCAGCGGGGGGCAUGUGAAGCUUGAAGAAGAUGUGGAUCUUGGCUAUGUGGAAGACGGGACGCCCUGCGGCCCUCAGAUGAUGUGCUUGGAACACAGGUGUCUUCCCAUGGCUUCCUUCAACUUCAGCACUUGCUUAAGCAAUAAAGCAGGCACUGUGUGCUCAGGAAACGGAGUUUGUAGCAAUGAGCUCAAGUGUGUGUGCAACAGGCACUGGACAGGUGCCGACUGUGGCACCCACUUUCCUCACAAUGAUGAUGCUAAGACUGGCAUCACCCUGUCUGGCAACGGUGUUGCUGGCACUAAUGUCAUAAUAGGAAUAAUUGCUGGCACCAUUUUAGUGCUGGCCCUCAUAUUAGGAAUAACAGCCUGGGGUUAUAAAAACUACCGAGAACAGAGACAGUUACCCCAGGGAGAUUAUGUAAAAAAGCCUGGAGAUGGCGACUCUUUUUAUAGCGACUUUCCUCCUGGAGGCAGCGCAGACUCAGCAUCUAGUUCUAAGAAGAGGUCUGCUUUUCUGUCGCAUUUUCAGAUUUCCACCUGCUCCAUCACACAUUAUUCCAUUAGUCAGAACAUUUCAUUAUUUUGCAGCAGGUCAAAUGGACUCUCUCAUUCUUGGAGUGAAAGGAUUCCAGACACAAAACAUAUUUCAGACAUCUGUGAAAAUGGGAGACCCCGAAGUAAUUCCUGGCAAGGUAACGUGGGAGGCAACAAAAAGAAGAUCAGAGGGAAAAGAUUCAGACCUCGCUCUAAUUCAACUGAGUAUUUAAACCCAUGGUUCAAAAGAGACUAUAAUGUAGCUAAGUGGGUAGAAGAUGUGAAUAGAAACACUGAAGGACCGUACUUUAGGACCCUGUCACCUGCCAAGUCUCCUUCUUCGUCAACUGGGUCUAUUGCCUCCAGCAGAAAAUACCCAUACCCGAUGCCCCCGCUUCCGGACGAGGAGAAGACGGUGAACCGACAGAGUGCCAGGCUGUGGGAGACAUCCAUUUAAGAACAACUGUUUACAUGUGACACAUCGAAACUGUUUACUUCUACUUUUAUAGAAACCCAGCCACUCACAAUCACUGCAAAUCUGCAUCUGCUCUUUGGACGAUUUCAAGACCCUCUUGCGAUACCAGAGGAGAGGAAGCCACGGGUCAUACCUGGAUAGCAUACUUUCUUUUUCUUUUCUUUUCUUCUUUUUUUUUUUUUUGGCUUAAGGUUUAACCAAAUGGUAAAGAGAAUUACUGGAACGUCACGCUGCAACAUGGAACCAUUUAUGGCCUGGCAUUGAUAUGUUAAUGGAUAAUCUGCAUGGCAGAAAUAAGUAGACCAUCAAUAAAACUAACCCACACGACCCAACGUUAGCAGGUUUUCCCGAGGGGACAGAAGUGGAUUCAGAACUGAGCGUUCUGAAUCACAUCCUCAUUGCAAGCAGUAACGCCCGUAUGCAUGAAGCUUCUGUUUAUCGUUUUCCAUAUGCAAGGAAACAACCUCUCCUAAUAGAAACUAGCAUGCAGGGGCUGAGGCAUAUAGGACUCUUCUGCAGGACCGCAGGACUGUAAAGCUUCCAGAAGCCGAUAUCCCAUAUGCUACCUUUAAACAUGUAUUUUUAUUUUUUUUUACUUUUCAUAUUUAUAUUAGCAUACAGGGAUGACUGUACAUAUGUAAACAUUUUUAAAACUUAAGAAAUAACUGUUAACCAUAAGUGUAUUUUUUGCCAAAUGCCUACAAACAGUCAGUCACGAUCCUAUCGCUGUCCUCCAUCCAGUGUCUUCAAAGUAUAAGUGGAUGAUAUUGUAAAUAGAGUGGUCAGUGCUGUAAGAGUAUCUCUUCCCAACCGGUGUUUGUCUAAAACGUGCAAUUUCCCUUUUCAAAGUGUGUACAAUCUGGAAGAGGUUUUCUUGAGCAAGACAUCCAAAUGCUCAAACUUCUAGCCUCUGCAUCUUGCCGAAGGAGGAGUCCAGAUGUGAGGUAACCAUGCCGCUCCAGAACACCCUGGAGCCGACAGGCUCUCUGGGAUUCUGCCAGCCCAUCCACUCCACAUCUAAGACACAUGGUGCCUGUCACAGUAGCUGUUCUCAACCAGUACCAGGGCAUAUCAACUAAUCUUACCUGGAGGUCAUGGAUUCCCCUUCUCUCCAGAAAGUGUCUUCUGUGAUUGGCAAGAUGUACCAAAGACAUGGAGCACAGAGUAGAGCGUUCCCUCUUGACCAAGAUCUGAGGCUUGUCUGGUCUGAAGUUUGGGUUCCUUGAUAGAAUCCUUUUAGCCAGUCUUAUAUGUGGAAGGAAUGGCUCACUUCCACAAUUUUAACAUGUUUCAUCACUAGGGUGUAAGUCCCAGCAGGUUGUUCUGUCUGGCUUUGAACAAGAUGGUGUACGGAAGCCUGAACAAGGCAUAAAAAAAUUAAGCAAAGCUACACAGAGGCAGUAACUGCAAAGGGAACCAUAAGCCCGCAGAGGAAAGGGCCUGUGUUUUGGGCCCUAUAACCUUUGAUUCACUAGAAAAAAAAAAUGAGUACUUUAUGUGAAAUCUUGUCAUUUACAACGAAACAUUAAUACCUGUUUCAAUGCAAUGUUCAGUGUUCAAUGCAAAAAGAAAGUCCCUCUAGUGAGAUCUGAGGUUGGGAGGCUCAGUCACGUGACCUGCUAUGGAACACUCUUCUGAUUUCCCUCUUCUUCUUGCUGUUUUAUGUGAGGAAUGAAAUCAUCAGACAAGAACUCAGAAUUGGACUCUACAUUUGAUUUCUUCCAGACGCGUCCAGGGACACAAUUUGUUCCAUCUCUGUGUAGAAUUGUCCUAGAUACCCAAACUGAAGGGACAGGCUAGAAGGCAGUGGUAUACUCAGCUCAUGUCUUUUGCAAUGGUCCACUCUUCUAAAACACUCUGAAGGUGUUAGGAAACCAAUUUAAUCAGGCAAAAUUAAACAGUGAAAAACCAUUCCAUGACAGGCAAGGAUAUAGGUUGCUGAUGGCUCAAUAAAGCAGUCUCAGACAAAGGCAUGGAUGAGUGUUGAACAAUGUCUCCACAUAGCUUAAGGUAAGGACGGAAGGACAGACAGAUGACAGAUGAAAAAGAUGUAGCAAAAUGAAGUGACUUUUGGACAAGAACACUUCAAAUGUGCACUGAAUGUUUCUUGGUAUCGAGUGUAUAAAAGGCUAAUGUAAUAUAAGGUUUAUUUUGGCUACAGAAGAAAAAAGUUUAUAUAGCUUCGAAUGAAAGGUGCCUCAUGUAAAUACGCCGUGUAGUUAAUAGUUCGUUACAUAAGCUCUAACCUGAAAGAAUUCACAAAUGGUUAGCCAGUGAGCUGGUUAUCUGUCUACCUACUGGUCUUUCCUUACCUUCUCAGUUGCUUUCACCUGGAGUUAUGAUUGAAAAUCAAUAUCAUUAUCAUGUGCCUUUGGAGAGAAACGGUUGCUCCGGCUUGUAAUCAUCUUCAGAUGAAACAGGAGGAAAAGGCUUUGCUUAACUCGCAGAGUGAUUUUAGAAAUGUAACGGCUUUAGUAUUCUAGUCUGGGUCUCUGUCUUCCAUGUCUGAGCAUUCUUAGAGUUGUUUGUGGAAUUCACAGACUUUAGUCUUGAUGGGUAGCCUCGAGAAGUAUGCGUCAUUCCAUUUAACUACACGUGACUGCAUUCACUGAGGUAGACAGAGUAGACUGGUGGAAUCAAACCCAAGCACAGUGACUAUUUCGUCCUCAAAUGUGUAUUUUGAAGAGGAACUUUGAGGCUCCACGGUGGUUUGAAUCGUGUGACUAAUAUUCGUACUUCCCAGUGUGCUGUGGGGUCAUCACUACACAGAGAAGAAAGCGAUGUGUUCAUUGGAUGUUGUUUCUCUUUCUCAUGAUCUCGGCAUCAAUAGGACUGCAGAUAGCCCGGAUGCUGGAGAUGUCCGGAUGCAGCAGAUCAUUUCUGUUCCAAUGAAAAGGAACAUCCAAGUCUUUGCACUGUGUUAGCAGGGGAGGCCUGCAGUAGCAGAAUCCUUAAAGAAUGAACGGGCCAGAUUCACUCUUCCCGGGCACUUUCCUUAGAUGCAAGUCUUCCCCCGGAGUAAGCGAGAUAGAAGAUAACUCAUGCACAGUCUGCAGAGGGAAAUCCGUGCUGCUGAGACGGGACGGCAUGAAAAUUCUUAGUGUUCUGCAGUGCCUGGCUUUGAAGAACAAAAGCCAAUCACCCCAGUCCCCUACUUAGAUGCUAACUGACAAGUAACCUCUUUACAGUUACCCAGCAGACAUUACUGGGGAUAGGAAGCCAGGGCUUAGGAUGUUGUCUUAGCAGGUAAGAGGGGUGCUCUUUUCACAUCUCCUCCUGAGUCCACAAGGCUUUUAGAAUAAUGUUUGCACAGGUCAGUCCAAUGUAGUCUUCAUGCAUGAGAGAUUGGUGGCAUGUCUAAAAGAAGCCACUGUGAAGAUAAAAUUAAAUAUUCUCUGUCCUCCACGGGUAUGGAUGGGGAGUGGAAGACGGCUGUGUUUUCCAGGACAGAUCCAUAUGCUUUCCCUCUGUUGAACACCUUGCGUAUCUGCCUGACUUCAUUCUGCCUUUUGCCCUAGACUUUAGACUUUCUGUAGCGAUUCUACCUGUUGCCCUUUUCAGACUUUGUCUUCUUCUUCUUCUUUUUUUUUUUUCUUUUUGUACCCUUAAGCCAGGCAAAGUGUGAUACCUCUACUUGCUUCUUGCAAAUUUCAGUUUGUCCACUUCACUCUGUGAGUUUUCUGUUGUCCUAUAGUCCCAUCCUAACCUUAGGCCUAGACAAUGCUUUAGAGAAGCCCUGCUCUGAAGGUGAGAUUACUUUUUAAUCUUACUUAAAUGCAAAGGAAGGGAAGGCUGUUUGGCAGGUUGCAGCGCAUAAAGAGAAGGGGACAGAGUCUGGAACUGAUGGGAGAAAGGAGAAGCCAGGCCUAGCUGCACAGCCACGCAGGGCACCGCUGGCCGCUGCUACUGGCUGCCAUGUUUGAAGCAUUCAUCUGAGCAGUGGCAAGUUUGCUUGAGCACUGAGACACUUGGACUCCUGUUAGCAGCACAUUCUCUACGUCUUAUGCUCCUCGUUGUCUGUUUUCUUUGUUUUCUACUAUAGCUGUCACCUGCUUCCCUUCCCUCCCCACCCCCUGCCCCAAAGGCAGUCAAAUCUACUUUUUCAUUCUUAUUCUACUAGCUCUGUGUGAAAAGCUGACAUUUCUGUAGAAGAGGGCCUAAUUGGGGGGCUCGAGUACUGAGUUUCCUCCUGUGGAAUAGUUAAGACUACGCUGACUUCAGAGGCAGGGUCCUUUCUCUGGGUGUGGGAGCACAGGGGACUGGGGUUCUAGACUCGCCUUAUUGUAUUGCAGAGAACUCAGUUGACGUUUGUAAGAAGAGCUGAGGCAGGAGCCCAUCUGGCUGUGCGUGAGCAGCGUGCGGUAAAAGUGCCUUGGCCGCUCGCUGUUGGCACUUGGCUUACAGCAUAUGCUCUUCAGGACAGACACUUUCAGCUCGAAGAGUUUCCCUAGCACAGCUGCAGGUACAGAACACAAUUGUCCCAGACUUGGAGAACAGAAGGCAGUAUUCCCAUGCCUAUUUCACUCAUGGUUUUCUGGUCCUCAACAUGGAGCACCUAAAGUCCGGCAGCCGAAAAUCAAAACUUUUAUCGGACCAUUAUCGGUUCUGUCCUUCAAAUCCAUGGCUAUUAUAUGGGAUGGCUGCAUCGAGAACCUUCCUACUCCCAAAGUUCCCUGUUUGGGAUCUGUGCAGCACUUUUCCUCUUGAUCAGAAGCAUCCCCUAUCAUACAGAACAGGACCUUCUCGGGCUAAAAUGAGAAUUGGGAGAACCACAGGAACACAGAGCGGGGGAGGUUGUCUUUCAUUUUCUUUCGAUACGCUGGUCUGAUUGUGCACCUUGGAAAGUCACUAAGAGAUGGGUCUCAGGGUAUAAAUCUCAGGAAGUUAAUACGCAGCACAGAGUUUUGAGAGAUCCUGGGUCAUUUCAUCCCAGCCUAGGAGCACAGUGGCCAUCCCACACAAAGCGUGCAGAGGACUCAGGAAGGUCACCAGCUAUGCUGCAGGGAACUACUGCUGCCAAGAGCACACAUGGGCUUUGCAGUUUUUUGUAGUGUUUGUUGCCUUUGGAAGUAUUUUACUGUCCGGUGUCCCUCGCAUUGGUCACAGACAAUUGGUCACAAUGGGAGGGGCUUCAGAAGCAGCAGGUAGCCUGUGGGAUCAAAUUUGAGCAAAAUGCAUUUUAUUGUUUCAUUUUACGAAAAGGCAUACAGUGAGACAAAGGAGUCUUUGGCCACCAGCUUCUGUGUUCAUGAGCUAGUCUCCCCGACAUGUAUGAAGAUGCAUGUGUAUGCACAUUCUGCAUUCAACUUACAACAUUUCGGGUCAUGAUUUGUUUUGAUCGUUGAGUUUUAAAAUAAUGAAAAUAUCCCAAGUCUUUAAAUAUAGCGGUGCUAAGUUUUAUCAGCUAACACAAUCCAGAAAGUGCUGAAAUUAAUUCAGACACUUAGAAGUAACACAAGGGUUCCUGUUAAAUUAUACACGUGUAUCACUGCCUGAUUUGAAACCCCACUUUUCCUUUUUAAUCCAGCACAAUAUCAAACUGUGAUUCUAUAGCUCGUCUUUUUAACGUCUACAAAUAACCCAAAAUCUUUUUUGUUUUAUGGAAAACUUUUCUUUUUAACACUAACUGCAAAGUGCUUAGCAAAAGGUUCCUUCUGGAUAACAGAGCAUUAUUAAUUAUUAAUUAUUAUUUAUUAUUAUUAUUAAUUAUUCCUCCUUCAAAUUGUUGGAAGACUUGCCCCUCCAAACAGGCAUUUCCCAAAGACAAUUUUCAGAAACGUCACAUUUCACCUAACGAAAGCUGUUCAUACGUUAGUCUGCAUUAGGUCUCUGCCAAUGUUUCCCAGGUUCACGGCCCCCGAGGGGUGAUGGCCAUCUGUAGAUGAUAGAAACCACCCCACGUGGACCUGUGAAUAGCAUCGGUGUGGUUCACUUUGGGUAACUGGGUACUCACGUGUAUAUACUUAGAUCUGCAUCAUUCAAACCUCCUCUCUGCUACUCCGCACGCACUUCCAGCUCUUACGCUAUUUUAAAGUUCACUGGGUUUUGGUGAUCGCCAACAGAAGUGUAAACGACGAUUGCUUUCCUGAGCAGGCGUGAUUUGUUUUAUGGCUGUUUAAGUUACAAACUUGUUCUCAUAUUGUAGGUGAAUCAAAAGCCUUUCUGUUUUUAAAAGGUCACUGUAACUCGAGAUUAAAAUUUCUGGCACAACUUUAUUAGUGUUCACUUCUGAAGCUAAUAAGACAACGGAGUUUUCUAUGUUACUCUCACUGUAACAUCGACUAAGUGACUUUCAAUAAAAGAUUUCUGUUAUUUUGA